AUGCAGCAGUGACAGAUGUUUUUUAUUCAAAAUAUUCACAAUUUUUUAAUUAUAUCAUGAACUAUGAUAGGCUAUAUUCCGAUUGUAAAAUAUGUGGAAGUGAAUGUGUUUUGCUGUUUAAACACCUUUAUAAUGAUCAUGUUAUAAUGAUCAUGAAACUUAGGCUGGGGCUCAUUUUGAUAUAUAGAGCCCUAGAACAGUGAAUCUCAACCUUUUUUGAGUAAUGGACCCCCGUCAUAUUUGGAACAUCCUCAAGACCCAGAAUAAAGUUGGCUCAUUGGUAUCAUUAAUGUCUUUGUGAGGAGUCAUGCAAUCAAGUAUAAUUUACUACUACAUUAGUUGACUUGUCCUAUAUUUAGUCAUAUAGUCAGUUAUAUUAUACAGAUAUUAUCUUCUUCUUUUAUGGGAACAUGUCAAAUGUCAAAAUAUACAAAAAUUCUUAUUCAGAUAUUUUAUAAGGCCCUCCUGGCAUUCUGUCAAAGACCACUAGGGGUCCAUGGACCCCUGGUUGAGAAACACUGCCCUAGAAUAUAUAUAAUACUGAGCUCCCUUCUUUUAAGUCUGCAACACAACACUCCCACCUAGUGGCCAUUGUCUUAAUGACAUAACUAAACUCAGAGAUGUGAUGUUCAAGUAUGUACAUUAGACCCAAAAACUAUUUAGACACGUAAACCACAAUUAAAAGUGUUUGAGUGUCAUUGCCAAGGGAUCUAACGAAACCCUCAUCCAGCCCUGUGUCACAGUGAAGCAUCAAACACAAACACAAAUACACACACACAGGGUUGUUUUGCCAUAGGCGUUAUGGUUUUAUAGGCGUUAUGGUUUUUAUACCUUACAAAUUGUACAUUCCACACAACUGUAGCUUUGGACAUGAUUUGUAAGGAAAAAAACAUAAAAUAUGCCCCAAUGUACCAUGUUAAAGGGGGACUCAGUAGUAUUUCAAAAACACUGUUUGGAAGUUAGUCGGGCUGAUACCAACAACUAAUGUCUAACCAAUCAGCAUUAGAGGGCGUAUGACAGUUGAGGAGAGAGAACGAGCAAGAGGGAGAUUUGAAAAUAAGAAAAAAAAACCUGCAGAAUGAAAGAUGGGACACAAUACAAAAGAGCUCAAAAGAAUAUCACUGGAAAGAAAAGGUUUAUGCCUGGGCAAAAAGCUUUAGGACCUGCGUUUAUAUAUUAGAAAAGCUUUCAAGCGCUGGAGAGAGCUAAGAGGGAAGGCCUGAAAACAGAUGUGGAGGCUGCUUUGAUCCCGCUUCUCAUGUGAGUAACACUGGGUUUGAUUGUCUGGAGCUGCUUUGCUGUUUGCGACUAACAACGAACACUUUGUAUUUACUCUUGUGCACUGUACGUUCUUUUUUGUGCUUUCUUGUCGUUCGUUCAUCAACUGCGCUUUAUUUUUCGUGAAGCAUUUUGUUCCGCGUCAGCUGUGAUAAACAGACAUCCACUCUCCCAUUGCGUGUGUAAGAGUAGCCAGAUUGUGUGAGUUGAGCAGGUAAACCACUGCACACUGACGAUUGCAAGGUGUUUAGCAUUAUUGAUGGUGCACUCGCCUCACAUGCCAGCAGCGAUCGGGGGUUCGAGACCGACUCUGAGCAGGGUGGUUAGGAUUGGAAAGUGAGUUUUGGAUGAUCAAUGAAGAGAGGGGUGGGUUUGUUUGGGUUGAUUUCAAAUAUCAACAAUGUCCACAGCGUAGUUCAAAUACUACUUACAGCACCUUUAAUAAGAAGGAAUUUCCCAUAUUAAUUUCCACGGGUCUAUUUUUAAUUACGCAUUGCAUUGUGUUGUUUUAGGGUUAAAUGAAAUGUCUGAAAACUUCAGGGAAAAGCUACUGGUAAUUUUUUGCCAGGACAUUAUCCCCUUUUCAACACAUUUUUAAUUACAGCGUAGAUAGUGGAACUAUCAGAUUUUGUCUAUCAGGAAAUGAUUGGAUGGUUGUGAUUUGCUAUUGGUGGAUCUCAUGUGAGUGACAGGUCGCCCCACCCUCGCGCCAGUCACCAGAGAAAAGAAGAGAUGUUGCUGCAAGAAGGAGGGGAAGUUAUUUUGAUUAAAGAUUAUACAAGAAACAUGAAUUAAAAACAAUAAUGAUGUGCAUGGAUAAAGUUCAUAUAAAAUAAAAUCCAUAAAAAAUAAGAAUUGUCCAUUUUAAUUUCAUAGUGAUUUUAAAAGCCCCUUGUGGGUCACCUUUAAAACAGUGCCAUUUUUAUGUUUUUAUUCAACAAGUUUUAACUAUUGUUUUUUCUUUUAAACCCAUACCACCUAUUUCAUUGCAGAUUGCACGUAACUUUAGUAACUUUAAUAUCUAUUCUAUUCUAUUCUAUUCUAUUCUAUUGUUCCUACAAAUGCUUUGCGAAUCGGUUCGUAUGAAUCAUUCAAAAGAACCGGUUCAAACGAACGACUCUUUUGCGAAUCGGACAUGACUACUCGUUACAUCUAUGGCGCGCAAUGUCUGUCUGAGAAAUAUCAGACCGAGUCCGUCGGGCCCAAUACAUGCUGUAAGGACUUAACACCGCAUUUCGGUUCGGCAAAACCGCUUUUGGCAGAGCCAAACCCCUUCGCUAGCUCUCACAUAGCCUACAACCGAAUGCAAACGAUGUCUGUCUUUGAGUCCUAAUGAAAUGAAGAGGACACGGGUUUUGUACGCGACAGAAGAGUGUGCUGUCUACAAGACUGAAACCUGUCGACACAUCAGGCAUUCUCGAAGAAAUCUUGAGGCUGCAGGGUUGUUUUAUUGACGUUCAUAAGGAGACAUGAGGAAGUGCAGUCCAUGGAUGUUUCUGCCCGUAAUGUUUUCUCUCUUCACAGCUGCUGGCCUCUGGGUUGUGUAUUUCAUUGCUGUGGAGGAUGAGAAAAUCACCCCACUCAGUUCAGAGUACAAGAGGUCAGAAUCAAAAUCUCCUCCAUAUAUCAGCAUUGCAGGCAAUGCACCACCUGCCAGCUGCGUGUUUAGUCAAGUCAUGAACAUGGCGGCCUUUGUAGGCUUCAUUCUUGGAGUGCUGAGAUACCUGCAGUUGAAACCGAGGGUGCAUAAACCCUGGCUCAACAUCGGCAGUCUGGUGGCUUUGUCUCUCGCCUGCUUCGGUAUGACUUUAGUUGGGAAUUUCCAGCUGUCCAAUGAUGAGGAACUACAUAAUAUUGGCACCUCCAUGACCUUUGGCCUAGGAACUCUUUUCUGCUGGGUCCAGUCUUUCAUGACCCUAAAGGUCAACUUGCGGAAUGAAGGCAAGCGAGCAGGAAUCCCCCGCUUCCUGUUGUCUGGAGCUGUAACUUCCUGCAUGCUGCUUUAUUUUGCCCUGAUGGCUCAGCGGCUACACAUGCAUGCCGCCCGGGCUCAGUGGGCGCUGGUUAUGUUCUUCCUGAUGUACCUGGGCACAUUCGCCAUCGAGUUUCGCCACUACCAUUUUGAGAUUGUUUGUAGCGACGACCAGGACCCUCCACUCAGCCUGUCUGAAAGCUUCUCUGAGGUCUCAGAGUACCAGUCUGACCAGCUAUAGUCUCACUUCCACAGUAUCCUUCCACCCUCAUACUUCCAGUGCUCGGCAGUUAUCAGUCAUGCAUGUAAACUGAAUGUAAUCUCUCUAGAAAGACCUUUGAAUGAAUGUUUUCUGAAUAGUAGAUAGGCUUUUCCAGAAGCAACAAGUUCAUUAAAUGCACAACGAUUUAAUGUGAUGUGUUCCAUGUUUAUGCAUCAGAUGAGUGAAGUAACAAGGACACUUUCAAGGAAAAGAUCUGAAUACAGGAACAGUUUUUUGGCAAGAUAAUCCUUCAAAAACAUCAAUUAAUAAGACUUUCUUGAUACAGGUUAUUCUGAAGACACUAUGAAGUGAAAAUUCUGUUAUUAUUUACUAACCCUUUUGUCGCUUCAAAUCCGUAUGCUGUUAUUUAUUCUGCGGAAGACAAAAGAACUUCUGAAGAAUCUUCACACAGCAUACGGGUUUGGAAAAAAAUGAGUACAUUUUUAGUUUAACAUGAAGUAAUUCCAAGUCAAAUGGAAUCAUACAUGUUUUGUAUACAUGUAACCGCAUUUCAUUUUGAGCCUGUCUUGCUAAUUCUUAUGCAGCAUUUUAUACCUAGUGUUAAAUAAUGUAAAACAUCUCUGGCAAUGGUCAUAAUUCUGUAUUUUGUUACUAAAACAGACAUCUGUUUUUGGGUGCUGGUGUAUCUAAAUGUUGCAAAUGUGAUUUGUUAGUUCUGUCCAUUUAGAAUAAAAUUUUACAACAUUAA